AGUCAUUUCCGUUAAACUUAACGGAUUUCAUCACUUUUAUAAUUUAGUUCAAAACAUUGGGUGUCAUGUUGUACGUUUUGAAACCACGGGGGAUUUUUCUGUAUAUCAACUUUACCACAAGGGGCGCUUUUUUUUUUACCCUUUUCUCUUUGGGUUUGUAUUUUCUGAUUCUAGUUUUCCUUUUGUGUUUGCUGUAAAAGAAAAAUAAAUGAAGCGCUCAAACAAACCAGUAAGGACUAAACUGUUAGAUGAGCAAAGAUUUAAGGGGUUAAACUGUUCGAAAACCCAAAAUUAAUAAGACCCCCUUCUUUCUUUCUUGUGUCUUCCAUCAGCCGCAGUCUACAGCAGGCUACCAAGUCCCCCAAAGCCCAUCAUCAAUCUCUCCUUUUUCUCUCCCCAACUGUUUCCCCUAUCCAUCAUCGAAAAAAGUUGAAUGGGUUCUAUUUGAUCGUCUUAAAUUUAGGAGAUAAUGGUAGGAAAAUUUGUCAGUUCAAUGAUCCAAUGUUGCGCUGGCAAUAAAGAUACUCUUGGCUGCUUAUUGCUUUAUACUAGUAUUUUUUUAACAGAUAACUGUUUUUCAAGGAAUUGAAUAACCACUGACUCUCGGAAAAGGCAUAGGUAUGCCCCCAUUUCGCAGCCAUAAUCUGCUACAUGACGAAAUAAAGAUUCUUUUUUAUAGACAAAGUAUUUGUAGAAAUGUCUGUGAGGUAUUUCUGAGAUGAACCUUUAAUGUGGGAAUUAGAUUGGCAUGUGUUUUGACUAGGAGUAUUUAGCUUUUAACAUUUUCAGCUAAUGGUUAUGCGAUAGAACUUAGGAGAUCAAUACAGUUGCUGGGAGUAGAUUUUCUUUUCUUUUGAAGAAUAUGAAACAUGCUUUUUACUUGGAUGUGAGCUAUUAACUUUUAUCAGUGGGAAUGCUAAACAAGAAAAAUUCUUCAUGGAAAUUAUGAUAGUCUCUAAUUUCAACAUGAAACUAACUUACUGGUUGACAUCAUAAGGGGUGUAUUACUGCCUCGUUGCAGUUGCACGCUUUAUUGAAACAUUGCUGCAAAGAAGUGGAAAAGGUGAUAUUAAGCAGACUGAGAUUUGUGACUAUUAUACUAAUAUGUCUUGAUUUUCUACUUGCUAGAAUACCACAAUCAAUAUGAUUCUACUAGCAAGUACUGUUUCUGGUUCAAUCCCAGUAAACCAACUUAUUAAUUCAUCAAAACAGAGGCCAAGCAGUCGUUCUUGUGUUGUAAAUUCAGCAGUUGCGAUGACAAAUGAAGUUAAAAGAAGUUGUGAGUUUUAUGACAUGCAUAAAGAACUCAUUCCGUAUGCUGAGGCAUGGUCUUGGCAGAAGGACAUAGUUAAAAAGAGGAAGGAGUUGAUCGAAAGGGAAAAAGACUGUUCAGACACACUGAUCAUUUUGCAGCACCAUCCUGUUUAUACAUUGGGUACUCGUAGUUCUGAGGCUUACUUGAAUUUUAGCAUGAAAAAUGCGCCCAUUAAUGUAUAUCGAACCGAACGGGGAGGCGAAGUUACAUACCAUGGACCUGGACAGCUAGUGAUGUACCCAAUAAUCAAUCUCCGAUAUCACAAAAUGGAUCUUCAUUGGUACCUCAGGGCACUUGAAGAAGUUGUUAUUCGUGUUCUUUCCUCAACAUUUUUCAUUAAAGCUUCACGUAUUGAGGGCCUAACUGGUGUUUGGGUUGGAGACCAAAAACUGGCAGCUAUUGGUAUAAAAGUGUCACAGUGGAUAGCAUACCAUGGAUUAGCAUUGAAUGUUGCCACAGAUCUGACAGCAUUUGGUCAAAUUGUCCCUUGCGGUAUUCAAGAUCGUCAAGUUGGAAGCAUAAAGGGUCUGUUGCAGGAACAUGUUUCAUCUAAUCGACGUGGAGCUGAAAGCAAGUAUGACAUUGAUGAUAACCAGCUGAUUGAUAUUACUCACAAAUCUCUGGUUCAAGAGUUUUGCAAAAUUUUUCAAGUUCACCUCCGUCAUAAGCCUAUCCCAGCAGGAAUUGCCUGGGAAAGGCCUGAGGUUUUACAUUCUAUAACUGAAAAAGGAGACUAAAAGAACAUGAAGGAUGCACCAGGUGCUUUCCAUUUUCCUGUUAAAGAGAUAGGAGUCUAAUAAAUGGGAUGAUGAAUCUUUUCUGCAAAUAGCCAUUGGAGCACAAAAUUGCGUGACAGAAUUUACAUGAUUCUCAAGGAUUGUAAUGGCAAUACAUUUGCACAUCUGCAGAUGCUCUUGAUGACUGCCUGAAAUUGAAAGAGUUUGAGUUGGCUGGAAUCAGAUUUGCUCCAAUGCCUGUUCAAGAAGAAGAGCUAACUAGGAACCAGAGUAUGAUCUAAAAUAUGCGGUUUACGUGGCUGACUUAGGGAUAUAGCCUCUGCCUGGCCCUCGAGUACUUGUUUCCUGGAGGCAUCAACUUCUGUAUCCUUCAAGGCGUGUUGUGGUGGCAAAAGUUGAACCCCACUGACGGGAAGCUUUGGGAGAUCUCAAUUCAAACUGUCAAAAAGCAAUAUGGCUCAAAAUUGGUGGCAGGAACCCAUAAGAGAGAUUUAGCAGAUUUUGAUUAUGUACUGCAAUUGGACAAGGGGAGCUGGAUAUGUUGAUCAGCUCAACCAGGAUUCAGACAGUCUUGCUGGUUGAAACUUGUAAAAAAUCUUGGCAUUUCAGUUGGAACUGUUUCCUUGUUAACGGUUGGAAAUCUUAGAGUUCAGUUGGAUAGAUUUUGUUUCCCCGUUGUCAGUUCGAACUUGGAAAUCUCAUAUUGUGUUUUCCCUUUGGCCCCCA